UAAGCUUUGGCACGGUCAAUGGAGGGUAGGCUGUGUAUGUACCUUCAUCAGAAACUUCAUUGUUGAAUGAAUGGUAAAUAAAAUGCCAGUCAAAUUCCAAUUCUGAAGGAUGAACCCCAUUAAUUUUCUUCUGGGUGUGCUAAUGUUGACCUCACUCUCAAAUUUCUUCAACAUUUCCAUUAUCAAAAAUUCAACUACUCUUGCAUAGAACUUGUCCUUUUCUAUCCAUGAAGUAUAACCAGAAUACUUUCAUAACAAAUGAUGGAUUGAUGUGGAAAUUGGAAAGGGUAGAAAAGUCAAUGGGAAGAAGCCAUAGCAUUCCAUUGAAGAAGCUGAAGCACAAUUUCCUGGGGAGAAAUUCAAAACUAUCACUGGCUGGCUCCCAAAUAUAUAUGUGAUAAAGAGAGAAACACAGGCAUUAAAGGUAUCUCUUUCUCUGCUUUUCUCAUCUUCUUCCUGUCAACUCUUUGCCCACAUAACAACUAUAUAUAUAUAUUUAUGGGCGCGUGCAUGUUAAAUACAAUUUUCAUCUCGCUGCUGCUUUCACUACUCUUCAUUUGCAGCCCAGCCCAACCAAUCGAAUUUCCCAACUUUACUCGAGACAGAGAUUCAAAGUACUUCAAGCUUGAAGGGGAUCGGACGAAUAUCCAUGGCGAAGCUCUGCAGUUAACAUAUGAUUCCACCAACGAUGAGGACACUGAUAAAUUCUUAAACAAUGCGGGUCGCAUCAUGUAUCAUCGACCUUUCAGGGUCCACAAUGGUGAUGAUGGAGGUGAGAAGUUGGCGUCCUUCAACUCAACUUUUGUCAUUAAUCUCUUUCGGGACCCAGAGUGGGAGCCUGGUCAUGGCCUUGCUUUUCUCAUUGCCCCCAAUUACAGCUUGCCCGUAUCAAGUUAUGGCCAGUGGCUUGGCCUCACGAAUGGUACCACAGAUGGCAGCAGAGAAAACUAUUUUGUAGCUGUUGAAUUUGACACUAGAGAGCAAGAAUUCGACCCGGAUGGCAAUCAUAUCGGCCUUAAUAUCAACUCUGUCAAUUCGACUAGGUAUGUUUCUCUGGAUGACCAUAACAUCACACUCUCACCAGCAAAUGCAACCAGCUACAAAGUCUGGGUUGAAUAUGAUGGAGACUCCAAAUUGAUGCAAGUGUACAUGGUGGUAAUACAAGGACAAGACUUCUAUCCGACGAAACCCUCCGAACCGCUUCUCAAGGAGACCAUAAACCUGAAGGAUUAUUUGAAAGCUGAGUCUUACUUCGGUUUUUCUGCUUCAACAGGCGAUCCAUAUAUUCAGUUGAACUGUGUCCGAGCAUGGUCUCUUGACAUAGAUGAGGCUCCCAAGAAGGAAGAUUUGAAAUGGCUGAUAAUUACUGCCGGAGUUGGUGUUCCUGUGGUGAUAAUACUCUUGAUAUGCAUAGGGGUUUAUAUGAAGAAGAGAAGAAAAACGAAAGUUGAAGAGUCACAUGAGCUUGGAAGGUUGAAAUGGUUACCUGGGAUGCCAAGGGAAUUCAAGUACAAGGAAUUGAAGAAGGCAACUAGCAAUUUCCAUGAGAGUAUGAGGCUUGGAGAAGGUGGAUUUGGAAUUGUUUACAAAGGCAUCGUUCAUGAGAAGGAUCAUGAUAAAAGUCAUAUUGAAGUUGCAGUAAAGAAAUUUUCCAGAGAUAACAUCAAAAGCAAGGGUGAUUUUCUAGCAGAACUCGCCAUCAUCCACCGUCUUCGCCAUAAACAUCUUGUCCGCUUAGUAGGAUGGUGCCAUGAGAAGGGGAAGCUUCUAUUAGUAUAUGAUUACAUGCCAAAUGGAAGUGUGGACAGGUACUUAUAUGGUACUUCUGAGCAGGCGACGCUGAAUUGGAAUCGUAGAUACAAGAUACUAGCAGGGGUUGCCUCAGCAUUAUAUUACCUGCACAAUGAGUGUGACCAAAAGGUUGUGCACCGUGACCUUAAGGCAAGCAACAUCUUGCUUGAUGUAGAGUACAAUGCUCGAUUGGGUGAUUUUGGUCUUGCUCGAGCCAUAGAUAAUGAAAGAAACUCCUAUGCAGAUGUGGGAUUAGGCGGAGUUCCAGGUACAAAGGGUUAUGUAGCUCCAGAAUGUUUCCAUACAGGAAAGGCUACCACGGAAUCUGAUGUGUAUGGCUUUGGAGCGGUAGUGCUUGAGGUGGUGUGCGGCAGAACUCCGGGGGCCAUGAUCCCUGACCAAGAACUUUCUUAUACCUUAGUUGAUUGGGUCUGGAUGUUGCACCGGGAAGGGCGCAUUCUCGAUGCUGUGGAUAAACAGCUCAACAAUGAUUUUGUAGAAGAUGAAGCCAGGAGGGCUUUACUUCUGGGAUUGGCAUGCUCACAUCCCAUAGCCAGUGAAAGACCUAAAACGGAGGAUAUAUUGCAGAUCAUUUCUGGAACUUUACCAGUCCCCGAUGUACCUCCAUUCAAACCCUUCUUCACUUGGCCUUCAACGGAUCCAUCUGCCAGAAUUAGUAGUAUACUUACGGGCAUCUCAUUGUCUUCUAGAUAUUCUAAUACGUUGAACGAUGUAUCCAAAUCACAGGAGGUUACACCUCGUCUCCCAGUUUGAUUUUUUCAAGCUUCUCCAGCUAUGUAGCAUUCUUUACAUAGAACUGUGCUUGUAGUAUAUGUAAGUAGAAGCAAAUUCUUUCGUUAUUUGUUGAGGAAUUCCAGGAAUUUAGAUAAUGUAUCUAUUUUUGAACACUUAGUAUUUCA